AUGAAAAAUGCAAAAUUUUUAAUACUUCACUUCUCAGCACCUUCGAAGCCGAGUAAGAGGGGGAGAAAGCGAAGAAAACCAGAGAAUGUGGAAGCCGUUCACUCUAACAAGAAACUGGCCGUAGGAGAACAGUCCAUUUCGGAGGCUGUCGGUGACCGCCCUAUUAUCAAGACUCCUAGAAGACCUCGCGGCAUUAAACCAGGUCAGGUUAAAAUCAGUUUAUUCAGUUAA